CGGCCACCGUUCGCUUCAAUAUGGCUGCCCCCAGGGAGAGGAGAGAUGAAUGCCGAAGUGGAGAGCUAGGACUCUAAAUUCCUCACGCAUGGAUCGCAGCGCAGAAUUCAAGAAGUGGAAGGCACAGUGUUUGAGUAAAGCAGAUCUCAGCCGGAAGGGCAGUGUGGACGAAGAUGUGAUCGAGCUUGUGCAGCUCCUGAACGCGCGAGAACAGUUUUUCACUACCAGCUCCUGCGCUGGCCGCAUCCUCCUCCUAGACGGGGGUAUAAAUGGUUUGGGGGUUCAGAAACAAAACUGUUGCUGGCUACUAGUUACACACAUACCUUGCGUAAAAGAUGAUAUGAUGGUAGCUCUGAAGAAAGCAAACGGUGAUGCCGUUUUCAAAUUUGAACCAUUUGUUCUUCAUGUGCAGUGUCGGCAGUUGCAGGAUGCACAGAUGCUGCAUUCAGUGGCAAUUGAUUCUGGUUUCAGAAACUCUGGCAUUACCGUGGGAAAGAGAGGAAAAAUUAUGUUGGCUGUCCGGAGUACACAUGGUUUAGAAGUUCCAUUAAGCCAUAAGGGAAAAUUAAUGGUGACAGAAGAAUAUAUUGAAUUCCUGUUAAAUAUAGCAAACCAGAAAAUGGAGGAAAACAAGAAAAGAAUUGAAAGGUUUUACAACUGUCUACAACUUGCUUUGGAGAGAGAAACAAUUACUUACUCACAUACUAAGAUCAAAGAGAAAAAUAACCCAUUCUGUACUCAUAAGAAAAAGAGAAACCCAGAAAAACUACGUGGCAAAUGUAUCCCUGAAGAAAAUGAUAAAGAACCUGAAAAUGAUGAUGACAGUGACCCAGGAAUCAAUGUUGCUAUCUUCCCCAAAGAUUACUGAUUUGUUUCUGAAGUGUAUUAGUAAAAUAAUAUUCCUAAUAGGUUCUAUAAAGUUGCUCUUUAUAAGAGUAUUUUAGCUGGUUAAUAUCAGCCAUUCAGAAAAGCAAGAUUUAAUUUCUCUAUGU